GCUCUCUAGUUUUAAAACACGAGGCUUCUGUCGAGGGCCCCGUUCAUCUGCUCUGUCGCUCGUCCUCCACUAGGGCUUCCGUUUGUUUUGACUACAUGAUGUUGCCUGUGUGAGUUGAUUCACACAAAUCCCGGUUUGCCGUGGCGACCAAUCGCGCUGAACCGGUGACGCUUCGGAGGGCCGUCCGUCCGUGAGCCUGCAUUCAUAAACGGAUGUGAUAAGUGUUGAAUGUACUGUACAGAGACGAAACUUGGACCAUGGCGGAAGAAGACGACACGAAAAUCCGGAUUUUACAGAGCCUCCGAGGGAAAAUAUGCGAAGCAAAAAAUCUGGGUCCGAGCUCAGGGCCGAACCGUCUCCGUGACCUCUGCACCUUCUGUACAAUCAGUUUGGACCAGGAGGAAGUAUAUCGCACAAAAGUCUAUGAGAAGAGUGUAAGUCCGUUCUAUAGCGAGGACUUUUACUUCGAAAUUCCACGGCCAUUUCAAUGCCUGUCUUUCUACGUGUACGCCAAGGGCAUGUUCCAAAUAAGGGAUCUACCUAUAGGGAAAGUAGCCAUCAGGAAGGAAGAUCUGUGUAAGUACUGCGGGAAAGAGAACUGGUUUCAGUUACAGCCUGUGGAUCCACACUCAGAAGUUCAGGGGAAGGUUCAUUUAGAGAUGAAGCUGAAUGAACUGAUCACAGAGAAUGGCUCCAUCUGCCAACAGCUUGUGGUUCAGAUAAUUGCAUGUCAGGGUUUGCCGUUGAUAAGUGGGCAGAACUGCGAUCCGUACGCCACAGUAACACUUGUAGGGCCCGCCAGGUCUGACCAAAAAAAAACUAAAGUGAAGAAGAAAACCAGUGACCCUCAGUUUGAGGAGACCUUUCAUUUCGAGGUCACAAGGUCGAGCAGUUACAAAGGGAAGUCACAUUUUCACGUGGAGGAGGAGGACAUAGAGAAACUAGAGAUCAAGGUGGAGCUGUGGAAUAAUGGUAACUUGGCACAGGAUGUGUUCCUCGGAGAGACACGGGUAUCUGUGAAAAUCCUGAGAAAUGACCAUAUUCACAGAGCAUGGUACUUGCUGCAGCCAAAAGGAAACGGUACAAAGUCUAAGCCAGAUGAUCUGGGUUCUUUACGUCUGAAGGUAACAUACACGGAGGACAACGUCCUGCCCUCUGCCUGCUACACGGCCCUCCGCAACCUAAUGCUCAAAUCCCCCGAUGUCAAGCCGAUCUCAGCGUCAGCGGCUCAUGUUCUGGGAGAUAUCUGCAGAGAGAGUGUGGGGUAUGAAGCACUUCUUCCUGUGGUCAGACUGCUGCUCCAUCACAACAGACUGCUGCCCUUUCUCACCUCUGUUGCUGCUCUGGAGCUGGAGAAUACACAAGAGGCCAACACCAUAUUCAGAGGGAACUCUCUGGCAACCCGCUGCAUAGAUGACAUGAUGAAGAUUGUGGGCAGAAGUUACUUGACCGUCACUCUCAAACCUGUUUUAAAUGAAAUCUUCGAAUCAAACAAAACCUGUGAGAUCGAUCCUGUCAAACUAAAAGAGGGCGAUAAUGUGGAAGUCAACAAGGAGAACCUUCAGGGUUAUGUGCAGAAGGUAUUUACGUCUAUAACACAGUCCAGCUCCAGUUGUUCUCCCCUCAUGUGUGACGUCUUCAGGUCACUCAGACAGCUCGCAUCUAAACGCUUUCCAGCGGAUCCUCAUGUGCAGUACUCAGCGGUCAGCAGUUUCAUAUUUCUGAGGUUCUUUGCGGUGGCUGUUCUCUCUCCACACACCUUCCAGCUGAGAUCCCAUCAUCCUGAGCCUGAAAUUUCCCGCACACUUACUCUUAUCUCUAAAACCAUCCAGUCUUUGGGCAGCUGGGGCAGCCUUUCCAAGAACAAACUGGCUAGCUUUAAAGAAACCUAUAUGUACGAUUUCUUCAAGUUAUUCCAAGAAGAUGAAUGUAUAGAAAAAGUUAAAAAGUUCUUAGAUGAGAUCUCCUCUAAUGUAAGUAAGGAGUCCAGUGGAGUGGAGGACUCUUUUGUGCUGAAGGAGGGAGAGGUACAUAAGCGGGCCCAAGGCAGAAAGCGAAUAGGAAAGAAGAACUUUAAGAAACGCUGGUUACGAGUGACCAAUCAAGAGCUGUCCUAUCACAAGCAGAAAGGGAAAGAAGCACUGUGUGUCAUUCCUGUGAAAAACAUCCUCAGUGUCGAGAAACUGGAAGAAAGUGCCUUUAACCGCAAAAACAUGUUUCAGGUAAUCCAUUCAGAGAAGCCUCUGUACGUGCAGGCGGGGAACUGCGUGGAGACCAACAGCUGGAUCGAGGUACUGAGUCAGUUCAGCCGCUGUAACCCGGGACGGCUCAGCACGUUUCACCCAUCCGCUUACGUGAGUGGAUUCUGGUUAUGCUGUAAGGAAACCAUUGAGAGCACCCCUGGCUGCAAACCCUGCACUACGACACUGUUGGCUAAUAUUCAACUGGACAUCGACUGUGACAGAGAAACAGAACGAAUCUUCUCCUUCUUCUCCUCCAACCGCUCCAGACUACAGAAGAUGGAGGAUGCCUGUGCUGGUAUGUCGGUAUAUCUUGGGCAGCAGGAGGAGUGUUCAGCCUUUACUAUACAGGACCCUAAAGAGACCUUCCGUACUAUUAAAGAGCUCGGAGAAGUACUGGACGUUCUUCAGGCUCAUCACGACUCAAAGGGAGCGCUAACUGAUGAACCAGGCACUAUUGAAAAUCCUAUCGUUGGAAAGACAGCGUAACAUUGUGACUGCAAGACCAGGUGGUACUUACACAUCCACACAAGCAGAGGGCGCUGUGUUUGUCGACAUAGAGGAGAAUAACAGCACUCUGAUUCACCAUGUGACUGAGGUUUACCUCUCCAGCAAUGGCCUGUCUGGAGUAGCCAUGUACUUGGAAGAAUUUGGCCAGUCAAGAGUCGAGUGGUGUGUUCGUGAGUUGCUAUCAUUG